AUGCUGAUUUUGGCCACAUUCGAACGGUACACUUGGAUUGUGAAGAGAAAGACCAACGUCAGCGCAAAAGCUCGUCCACUGUCUGUACUCAUACUUGUGAUCGUUGCAACCGGUAUUCGUAUCCCAGCCGCUUUGGCUUUGACUGUUUCGCAUUUCCCAGAAUGUCCUGAUUUCUUCCGGACCUUAGCGGUUGAUGUACUUCCAUGGGUAAAGGAGAGCACCUUUUACGCAGCAUUCGAUCUCUACGGCAUGGCGUUUCUUCAAACAUUUCUUCCAUUCGUUACCUUAUUUUCGUUGAAUUUUGUCAUAAUAAGGAAACUAUGCAAAUUCAAUAGCAAAUCGCGUAGAUCAAGCUUUGCAAUGCUCCCUGGAAUCCGGCCUUCGUUGUUGUCUUCACUAAGACGUUAUAAAAUGCCCGGUACUGUUAGGAGUGCCAUCUACACAAUGGUACUUCCAAUCUACUUUUUUCCUUACAAAUACAAAGUACAAGAAAAACAUUUGUUCAUUAUCAAGUUCAUUAUCACUAAGAUAGAAGAUUAUACUGGGAUAUAG